UUCCAGGGCAGAUGCUACUCCAACGCCAAUUCUUUCCUUUUCCUUUUCUUUUUUUUUUCUUUCUUUUUUCUUUCUUUUUUCCUUUCCGUCCAUCUGACGCAACGCAACCCAGCGCUGACGGAUGGGUUUGGGCAACGCACAACCACGUGUUCCAACCGCUGAGGAAAGGAGGGCUGGCCCGAACGAAUGAAACAGUCCGAGCCCAGACUUUUGUUGCGUAUGUUCAUAGUAACCGGGAUAGGUAAGCAAAGAAAUCAAGCCAGGCGCUUUCUUGGCUGGAAUGGUUUGGCUUACUGGCUUACUUUUAUCAUGCUGGUCUUUUGUGGUAUACAUUCAUGUAGGGGUAGGUUAUGAAGUACAUACAUGUAAGUAGGUAGCUCAGUUGAUCUCACAAAGAUGAGCCGGGGAAGGGGGCCGGAAAGGGGGCCGGAAAGGCGGGAUCAAUUUGUUCUUUCAUACCUACCUACAUAUAGGUACAAGUACAUAAAUCAUACAUAGACCACUGCACCUCAGAUUAGCAGCCACUUUACUGUCUCCCAUACCAAUGAUACUAUCGGUC